CCGCCAACUUAUUUCACGUUUUCAACGCCGUUCUUUAUUUUCUGCUUCUUGUUUUCGCUUUUUUGUGAAUUCUGGACCACUGUCGCCGAGGUGUUUCUCUGAGUCACACACACACACACACACACACAUCUACUUGACACAACAAUGACCGUCUCAAAGAAGCACGUCUACCAAGCCAUCGACCAGGUGCCCAACGCCGAACUCCGCGUCAAGGCGGUUGUCAAACGCAUCUUGGACACGGUCGCGCCCGCCUUGCAACAAACACAGCAACACUUGGCCGCAUCCGCCCUGGCCACUGCUACGAAUGCUACUGCUGCUGCUGCUGCUGCUGCAUCAUCUGUGCCUGCCGUCAAGCCGUCAUCCCUCUUUGCAUGGGGCCGCAUGACCAUUACCAUCAAGGACGACGCGGCCAACACGAUUGAGCUGUGGAAGCCAAAGCGCGCCGACAUUAUUGCCGUUUUUGCUCACAUUCACAUGCACCGCCGAGCGCUCUUCUCGGCUCUGGCGCCCGACUUUGAGUACGUCUACGAAGACGCGUCCGGUGACGACCGUGACUUUUCCGCCGCCCAAGCAGUCGCCUCGCAGCAAGAGCAGGCCUUCGCCCAGCAGCAGGCUCACUGUGGCAUGCCCAACCCCGACUGCCCCGUCACACAGGCAUGGUUUGCUGCCGCAACAGCUGCUGCUGCCCGCUCCGCCGAGGCUUGCUCGGAAGCGCUCCCGCGCGUCGAGUUGGACGCACCCGAGUCUGAUUUUGGCGCCAUCCAGGAGGCGCUCGAUCGCUGCUGGGGCGUUCACAAGCGCACCCUCUGCCCGGCACUCCGUCGCAUUGGCGGUGUGGUUGCUCCAGUGGCACAGGCACCCAUGCCCCGGCCGCAACCCUCCGCUCCGAUGAUGGUUUUGCGCCAACAACAGCAACCACAACAACAGCAUCAGCAUCAACCAACGCUCGAGGCGCCCGUUGAUGCAUCGUUGCCCGUCAAGAGCAACCCCUUCCGUGGCCUCGAGUUCCUCGCCUCGGCUGCCAGCGCACUGCUCGAGUUGGAGCUCCAGCAGCAACCCGCACAAGUCCGCAGCCUCUCGCCUGCCGUGUCUGUCUCCUCGUCCAGCCUGUCCGCGCCAUCGUCGCCCGUUCCAGCGCCCUUGCAGACACCUUCCUCGCCCGAGAUGCAGCUCGUCGCGGACGUCUACGAGCCAGCCUCCUACAGCUACGGGUCGCCGCAGCCUUCGUCCGAAUCUGAGUGCGAGUACCCUUCCUCGCCCAAGAUCCGCGAGUCCAAGAAGCAACAACGCAGCAUUGCCCCAUACUCGAUUGCAGCUCGUCCCCGUCUGCAAAAGCAGCAGCAACAGCAACAGCAGCAGUUGCAAAUGCAGCCGCAGCCACAGCCGCAGUACUACUUUCACCAGUUCCAGCCGCAAACCCACGCGCAGCCUCGGCAAGUUGUGCUCUUCCAGCCACAACAGCAACAGCAACAGUUUGUUCAGGAAUCAGUGGUUGUGUCGCAGCAACAGUACUAUAUGGUUGCUCCUUCCUUCCAGCCUCAAAUGAUUCAAGUCUUUCCAGCGCACCAGCAGGCUCUGAUGCAUUGAUUUUUUUUCUUGUUUAUUUUUUUACUAUUUUGGGUUUGUAUAGAUUGAUGGAUUUUUUUUUUUUUAAUUAUCACUUUGUCAAUAAAUCUAGGAUUGAAUCUCUACAGCGUUCAUGUUUAUACGCAAUGCUG